AUGGUACGAAUAACGUCAACGGAAAUGAAGGGUGGAUACGUAUCAUCUUGUUACGAAGACAUGUUCAGUGAAAAGCCGUUCAUCUACAAAGACGUGACAAAAACGUUGAUCCUUUCGGCAAAACGGAGAUCGAAGAAGUCGACGUCUCCGCUACGCGAAAGCUGGUUUCCUCUACGUAAAAGCCUGUUUCCUCACGUGGCACCCUACGUGAUAUUCCAACUCUACGACGGCACGAAGAUCUUCCCUAAGGCUUCCUUUCCAAAGGAGAUAUCGGAGCAUCUGACCUGGGAGGUGGGAACAUCGACGCCGUGGAUAGUGAGGAAGACGGUCGAAAGCUCAGGGUAUCGUUUGGUGCUGGGGACCGAAGACUGGUGCGGGACGUGGAGCGAGUGCAAGUACACGUUCUGCUACAAGAUGCUGAAGCGGCACCAGAAGAUGAACCACUUCCCAGGCACUUACGAAAUCGGACACAAGGACCGACUCUGGAAGAACAUCAGCAGGUUGCGGGCGAGGUUCGGCAAACGGUGCUUCGCCUUUAUCCCACGGACCUUCGUCCUGCCUACGGAUUUCGAUCAGCUGCGACGAGUCUGGGAGUCGAACAAGCCCAGGAACAAAUGGAUCUUAAAGCCACCGGCCUCCUCCAGAGGCCGAGGAGUCUCCGUGGUAAGCCGGUGGACCCAGAUUCCGCGAACGCAGAGCUUCACGGUGGUCCAGCAGUACCUCUCAAGACCGAAACUGAUAAACGACUCGAAGUUCGACCUGCGGAUUUACGCCCUCAUCACCGACUUCGAUCCGCUCAAGAUCUACGUCUACUCCGAGGGGCUGGUCAGGUUCGCGAGCGCGAGGUACGACCGAGCUAACGUUAGUCUGACCAACAAGUUCAUCCACUUGACAAACUACAGCGUGAACAAGGAGUCGAUGGACUACGUGAGCAACGACUCGAUGGACCAGCCAAAGGGGCACAAAUGGGCGCUGAAGUGUCUGUGGCGGUAUCUCAGGGCGCAGCAAGUCGACGUCGACGGUCUGCGAACGAAAAUCCACGACAUAGUAGUCAAGGCCGUUAUCUCGGGCGAAAGUUCGGUCCACUGCUUUUCGAGGGUGCAUCUCGCGCCCGGGUCUAAACACAACUGCUUCGAGCUCCUCGGGUUCGACAUCCUCAUCGACGAGAACCUGAAGCCCUGGCUACUCGAGGUGAACAUUUCGCCCUCUUUGCACGCCCCAUCCCCCCUUGACGUUGGGGUGAAAGGUCAUCUCGUCAGAGACGUUCUGAACCUGGUUGGAUACCGCGUGCCGCCUCCUGUUCUCCGCAAAAUGGCCGAACGUCGCGACCUUGGCUUCUUUUAUCAGGACUUCCGAGCCACUGAGAAGCCGCUAAGCUCCAAGGAGAAGCGGAAACAGAUGCAGUUCAUGUACCAGCGGGAACGCGGGGACUCGAAACUCGGUUCCAUACUCGAACAUCUCACUCCUGAUGACGUCAGGAGCCUCGUUCAUUACGAGGACGAAGUCGCCAGGCUAGGACAAUUCCUCAAAGUCUUUCCAACUCCGGGGACUCAUUCUUAUUUCAGGUACUUCGAGGCGCCCAGGUACUACAACUUGCUCCUUGGUGCUUGGGAAAUCGCUCACGGACACAAUCGGAAGGCGGGUAUUGAACUGCUCAGGAGUCUGUGCGCGAAGAAGUACCAUCUCAGAUGA